GCGUCGAGUGGGGUAAAGGGACUGCUUUUGACCUGCAGUACAAGCUUUCGCACGUUCCGAAGAUAUCGUCACUCUCACUCUUUGCCAUGUCAAAGGUACUAAAUUUUGGAUCCAUCAACAUCGACGAAACUUUUGAAGUUCCUCGCUUGUGUCAAAAAGGUGAAACUUUAUCCAGCGUCGGGUAUACUGUCAGAGGAGGUGGUAAAGGCUCAAAUCAAUCAGCUGCAUUGGGAAGGGCAGGAGCAAAGGUUUACCAUGCAGGUAUUGUGGGAAAGGAUGCUGUUUGGGUCAAAGAAUUGAUACGCGACCAAGGCGUAGACGUUACAUUCAUCAAGGUGGAUGAACAAGAGGUCAACGGCCGUGCACUUAUACAAGUGUCCCAGGAAAACGGCGACAAUUGUAUUGUAUUAUACCCUGGCACCAAUGCCAAAUAUACCGCUGAAUAUGCCCAACAGGUAUUGGAAAAUUUUGGACCUGGUGAUUGGAUUUUGCAACAAAAUGAAAUCAGUCAGGGAGGCGCUAUCAUGAAUGUUGCGGCUGACAAAGGUCUCAGCGUCAUAUUUAAUCCUGCACCUAUGACUUCGUCUGUGUUGACCGAAUUUCCAUUGGAUAAAGUGGAUAUUUUACAAGUCAAUGAAACCGAAGCAACUAUAAUGUACCAAGCGGUGACGGGGAGAACAGAUGAACCGGUUCCUGAGGACCUUAUCGAGCUAUUGAUGAGUAGUUAUCCAAAGUUGCAAGGCAUCGUUUUGACACUUGGAGGCGAUGGCGUUCUCGCUUUCUUUAGACAUAACAACAAGACACAAAAGUACAGAAUACCUGUUGCCAAGGCAAUUGUGAAAGAUACCACAGCGGCAGGAGACACUUUUGUAGGAUUCUUUUUGGCAGCAUUCUUAAGAGACAGCCAAGAAGAGUUUUUCAAACGGGUUGAAGCCUCUCUUAACGAAGCUAAUGUAGCAGCGGCUAUUUCUGUAGAACGCCCUGGGUCGAUGUCGUCUGUACCUACUUUAAACGAGGUGCUAGAGCGGUCGGGUUAAUUUGAAAAAAAAUCUUGUGGUCCGACACCGACUUUGGUAGCACAAAGCAAUUAAAAAAGAUCUAAAUUUGUCCAAUUCUUUUUUUUCAUGGUGCAAACCGCCAUUAACGUGAAAGCGAGAAUAGAUGUAUUUCCAUCUAAAAGGAAAUGGAUC